GUCUUGAAACUGACGUAAUGCUUGGAGUCUGAGGUCCUGUCAAGCGAUAACAUUUCUGAUAAAGAACUGAGAUCACUGCAAACGAAUCCUCCUUUUCCAUCCAGACUCAGGCGUUUUAAAUAUUAUACACAGUCACCCUGAUUCCACGUGCACAGGCGAGAUUUGAAAUCGUGUAUCCCCUGUAACAAAACAAUUAUAAUAGCCUUCCCGAGAUCAACAAACAAACAACACAAAGACGGUUCAUGGCUUACGCCAAAGCUCCACCAUCUUUUAGACUGCAAAGACUAUUGCAAUUUAAUCAACAGAGAGAGAAGCAUUGUGAUGUGUGCUCCAGUGGAACCCAGGACUGCUAUGACCUGUGACCUCUGAAGAGACAAGUGGAAGAAGAGAGACAACUUUUACAAACUUCAGAAAGACCCUGCCAACAACAACAAGACCAAAGAAAAGACAAUGGAAUAAAUUAAUCUUCAGCAUGGACGUGGAAUAAAGGAUACCUCAGUCAAGAACCAGGGCAAGGACCCUGGAUGUUGUUCCUGUUCUGAUAGUCUUUCUCCCUGUGGAAUCGGUGCUGAUAAUGCGCUAACCCAAUGCUCAGCAGAGAUAUGGUGAGGAAAAAGAACCCCCCUUUGAGAAGCUUCGGCGGUGAGGAAGAAGGAGAAGGUGAGGCUCUGGCCGCAGAGGCCACCGGGCCGGAAAGCGAGGACAGUGCCGGGAGCCGGUCCUCAGAGCCCAACGGUGCCGACGGGCUGCUGCCGGCCGAACUAGGCCGGGCCCACGUGCCAGUCCCAGACGAGCAGGAGGACUCCUCUUCCUCCCCGGGCUCCGUCUCAGGCUCCAUCAAACGGGACGGAGGAGGGAGGGGCGGCGGAGGAGUGGGAACAGCGGCGACAGUCAACACCGACAGGCCUGUCUUUAAUUACCCUAGCCACAAGAAGGGAGGAAAUGUAGCGUCCUUCCCCUGCCAUGAGGUGACAGACUCAAAUCUGCCGGCGCUCCCAUCCUGGGCCGGGCCCGACGGGGCUGUGUCUCUGUCUCCGCUCAGAUCAGAACCAGAUGAGGGGGACGGGAGACAGGCACGCAGCCCGGCGGGGGAGCUGCUGCUGGGGAAUGCCGGGGAGAGAGGAGGGGGAGAAAGGGUGGGUGUCAGGGAGGGGUUGCUGCUGGGCGACCGAGGGAGGGGCGUCAUCAUCCAGGGCGUCACCAGUAACGGGGAGGACAAGGACCCCUCCUACAGCCCCACAGGGGGGAUCUCAGUCCACCAGGACAGGGUGGAGGGCUCUGGAUACCCCUUGCUAUGCCCCCUCCACCCACAUAGGGGGGCAGGUGAGGGGGCCGAGAACAUCACGCCCAGCCCCCUGGGGGCUGAGACAGGGGUAGCCCCACCCUGCUCUCCCAAACUGCAGGACUUCAAGUGCAACAUCUGUGGGUACGGUUACUACGGGAACGACCCCACGGACCUGAUCAAGCACUAUCGGAAGUACCACCUGGGCCUGCACAACCGCACGCGGCAGGACGCAGAGCUGGACACUAAGAUACUGGCCCUGCACAACAUGGUGGGCUUCUCCCCACAGAGCCAACACGCCAAAGACACUACACGGCCCCCGUCCUACACCGCCCUGACCGGGGCGCCACAGGACUCUACAGGGUCCCCACGCUUGUUACUUAACGGCACCUACGACAUACAGGUGACGUUGGGAGAUACCUUCAUCGGCAUCGGGAGGAAGACUCCGGACUGUCAGGGAAACACCAAGUACUUCCGCUGCAAGUUCUGUAACUUCACCUACAUGGGAAGCUCCUCAGUGGAGCUGGAGCAACACUUCCUUUCUGCCCACCCCAACAAGAUGAAGUCCCAGCCCCAGCCCCCGCCGCUGCCAAACGACGACAAGCCCUCGGACAGGAAGGGGAACUAUGUGACACGGGGUGGUGGCGUGGAGGGGGCGGAAUUGGGAAAGUGGGAGGACCGGGUGGCGGUCCGUGCUGAGGACGACUCGGUGGCUGGCUACUCCGUCCCCAUCCACGCCACGGACUCGCCGGGCUGGACGGGGUCUGACGGUGGGGCCACAGACUCACCUGGCUGGACGGGGGCCGAUGGCAGGGCCACAGACUCGCCUGGCUGUACGGGGUCCGACGGCGGCGCCACAGCGGUGGCCUAUUACCGGUGUAAGUACUGCAGCUUCAGCUGUGAGUCGCCCAGCUCACAACGCCUCCUGGAGCAUUAUGAGAAGAGACACAGACAGCCUGGAGGAGAAAGAGGGGGGACCAGGGAGGGCAGCCCAGCCAAGAGGGAGCGAAGGAGCAGCAAAUCCAGGGACGGAGAGAGAGACCCCCACAGCCGGAGGAAAGACAAGACAGGAACGAGUGGCUCGAUGGGCGCAACGGAUCCGGAGAUGGUGGUAACCAGCUACAACUGCCAGUUCUGUGACUUCCGCUACUCCAUGAACCACGGGCCUGAGGUUAUUGUGGUGGCGCCUCUGCUCCGCCACUACCAGCAGGCCCACAGCAUCCACAAAUGCACCAUCAAGCACUGCCCGUUCUGCCCGCGUGGCCUCUGCAGCCCCGAGAAGCACCUGGGGGAGAUCUCCUACCCGUUUGCUUGUAGGAAGAGCGCAUGCUCCCACUGCGCCCUCCUUUUCCUCCAGCUGUCCCCCCAGGGCAGCUCCCCAACUCCCAGGCCCAGCGUCACCCACCUGUGUGACCAGUGUCCCUACGCCACCAGCGACAUCGACCUGCUUCUGCUGCACUACGACAGCACCCAUGCCACCCACGGCGUGCUGGAGGUCAAGCCCGAACAGGAGGGAGCUGAGACGGGGAGGUACUCUGCCCCCAAGGGCCCUCACGGGGAGCACUCAUGCACCAAGUGCCAUUUCAUCACAGAUGUGGAGGAGGAGAUCUUUCGUCACUACAGGAGAGUCCACGGCUGUUGUCGGUGCCGCCACUGCAGCUUCACCGCCUCCGACACCUUGUCACUGCUGGAUCACUUCAACACGGCCCACUGCAAAGAGACCUCCGCCUCCUCCUCCCAUCCCUCCGCUUCCUUCGUCACCACCAACGGCUACUCCGCCACAACCCCCUCCACCCUCAGCAUCAAGGAGGAGAGCAAGGGCGACCUCAAGCUCUACAGUCUGGUUCCCCCAGAGAGCCGUGCCGCUGAGGCAGGGCCCGGGGCCGAAGGGGUGAAGAGCGAGGCCCUGGACGAGAAGGAGGCCCAGGGGUCCAAGGGCUGGAUGGAGGCCAGAGAGGCCCAGGUCCAAGCUCAUGCAGCAGGCCUUGUGUGGGUGCCUAAGGAGCGGGCCGGGGACAUCCUGAGGGGUAGUCCGGCCCAGUUCCCCCAGGGCGCCCUGAGUCUACUCAACGCCGUGGCUGCCUCCCAGGAGCACCACCACCAGCAGCAGAAGGGGGGUUCGGCGGUGCUCAGGGACUCCCCAGGCCUGGUAUUCAGUCUGGGGGGGGUCGACACCAAGGCCUUCCUUCCAGGACAGACUCCCGGUGGGGCCGACAAACCUGGGCAUCUGGCGCAACAGUACUCCUCACCCACCGAUGGCAAGGCCAAGGAGGAGUCCCAGUCACUCUUACGGAGACGUCGAGGCUCGGGGGUGUUCUGUGCCAACUGUCUGACCACCAAGACCUCUCUGUGGAGGAAGAAUGCCAACGGGGGAUAUGUGUGCAACGCAUGUGGCCUCUAUCAGAAGCUCCACUCGACUCCCCGGCCGCUGAACAUCAUCAAGCAGAACAAUGGCGAGCAGAUCAUCCGCCGGCGCACGCGGAAGCGCCUCAACCCCGACCCUCUGCCCACCGAACCUGUGGGCUCCAAGCAGCAGAGGGUCAGCAGCGAGGAGCGCCUCAAUGGCAGUCCCCUGGAGCGCCGGCCAGGAGAGGAUGGGCCAGGCUCGGAAGGAGUGCCUGUCCCUCGUAAAGGGGAGCCCCAGAAUUCCCUGGGCCAGUACGAGGCCUACGGGUCCUCUGGGUUCAAGGGUCACCCCAGCCCCCGCUCCACCCACUCCUUCCUAGUUAGCCAAACCCUGGAGAUCCACAAGCGAAUGCCUCCUUUGCACAUACACAACAAGAACCCUGCAGAGGGAGGGGCGGAGAGGAACGGGGUGGGCUCGGCUGGGGUCCAUCACACGGGCUUGGAGGGGAAGGGUAGCUUGUCCACCGAGAGGGGUAGCCCCAUCGAGAAGUACAUGCGUCCCUCCAAACAGGCCAGCUACUCGCCACCGGGCAGCCCCAUCGAGAAGUACCAGUACCCGUUCUUCAGCCUGCCCUUCAUCCACAAUGACCUGCAGAGCGAGUCCGACUGGAUGCGCUUCUGGACUAAGUACAAGAUGUCUGUUCCGGGCAACCCACAGUACCUAGGCCACAUGCCUGGUCUGCCCAACCCUUGCCAAAGCUUUGUGCCUUACCAUACCUUUAGCUUGCCCCCACACUUCCCUCUCCCGCCCUCCGCCGGUCCCGAAAGCGACAUCCCUCUCGACCUGGCCAUCAAACAUUCCAAACCGGCCCCCACCGCCAACGGCUCCACUGCCUCUGCCGUUACCAUCAAGGAGAAGAGCAGCAGCGCCGACAAACGGGCCUUGCCCACGGUCCCGGCAGGGAAGGAGGAUGAGAAGCAUAGAGAGCAGCAGGAGACAAGAGAGGAGAAAGUAGAAGAGGGGGCAUCCCCCCAGCCUUCUCCUCCCCCAGACGUUGCAGCCAAGCCGGAGAGGGUCGACCAGGGCACUCAGGACGAUCUGACCAGUAAGGAGAGAUUGGACCAGGGCACUCAGGAUGAGCUGACCAGUAAGGAGAGAUUGGACCAGGGCACUCAGGAUGAGCUGACCAGUAAGGAGAGGGUGGACCAGGGCACUCAGGAUGAGCUGACCAGUAAGGAGAGAUUGGACCAGGGCACUCAGGAUGAGCUGACCAGUAAGGAGAGGGUGGACCAGGGCACUCAGGAUGAGCUGACCAGUAAGGAGAGGGUGGACCAGGGCACUCAGGAUGAGCUGACCAGUAAGGAGAGGGUAGACCAGGGCACUCAGGAUGAGCUGACCAGUAAGGAGAGGGUGGACCAGGGCACUCAGGAUGAGCUGACCAGUAAGGAGAGGGUGGACCAGGGCACUCAGGAUGAGCUGACCAGUAAGGAGAGGGUGGACCAGGGCACUCAGGAUGAGCUGACCAGUAAGUGCAUCCACUGUGGCAUCCUCUUCCUGGAUGAAGUUAUGCACGCCCUGCACAUGAGCUGCCAUGCUGAUGGAGGGCCCUUCCAGUGCAGCAUCUGCCUGCAUGCCUGCGCAGACAAGUACGACUUCACCACACACAUACAGAGAGGGCUUCACCUGCCAACCGUCGAGGCUGAGGCCGAUGCUGAGGCCGAUGCUGAGGCCGAUGCUCCAAACGAUUCUGUGUGAUUUUAGUGCGCCACAGACUUGGACUUUUAGCACAGGCAUAGCAGUAUGAAAAAGAACAAAAUAAACGGACAAAAGCGUACUGUAAUGAUUGAAUGAGAAGAAGACUUCUUGCUCAACGUGCCAUGAUAGCUUCUGUAGGGAACUCAUAUCAUCUAAACAUUUAUAUUGGACAUAAUACAGAACAAACGAUUGGCUGUUUCCUUUUUCUUUUUUUGUAAAGGAAAACGCUUUUGAAGAAAAUGGUACUACAAAUAGACGCUUAUGUUGUUUUUUUUUGCUAUUGUUUAUUUUUUUAUUCGGAAGUGUUACUUUGACAAGGCAGUUCAGCGAACAACAAGGUACAUCUGCAUGGGUUGGAUGUUCUCUUACCUGGUUGGUUCACUGUUCCAAAUGGAAUGAGGAAGUGUGAAUUGAUAUGUAAAAUGGGGAGAUGGGAAACAUCAGUCGUCUGUCAUAAUCUCCUUCACGGUGGAUGGGCAGAGCGAUGACUAGUGAUUGGAUCGUCCUCAAAUAAACGUCCUCAGGGAACGCCCGUGGCUGAGUCAAAAAACAUAUCCUACAGUGGUUUCAGUUGCAUCGGUCUCCACUUAACAUCCAACUAAGUGUCUAUGUUUAAUGUAUUUUAGUUAUGGAUACUGUUUUUUAUUUUUUUUUAUUUUUUGGGAAGUCUAUUGUCACAGAACUUCCUCUAGACAUUUUAAGCUGCUGCCUUAGUUGCUAGGAAACAAACCUUAUAUCACUAAAGACAUUUGGGAAGGAAGAAAAAUGCAAAAAGCAAUAUUUUUUUCUAAGUUGUUAAUAUGAAAAAUUCAUAAUAUCAGUGCCUGAUAUAUUGAACAAAGUAUUUUCUACCUGGUAUGUUGAUAUGCAACAUUGACUUUGCAUUGAGUAAAGGGCCACGAGCUUGGCUCUGCAAAACUGUUUACAUUUGCAAAUGUAGCAAACAAGGUAAUGAAGCAAAAUUCCUGCAAUUCAGAGUAUUUUUCUCUCAUGUGGACAGGACAGGACGAUCACGUAACAAAACAGAGGCCUUUUGUCAGAAGGUUGAAUGGGAGAUGAAAUGCAGUCAAAAUAUUUUUUCUGUUUGUUUGAAUGGCACAGAGGCACUAUCCAUUCCAUGUCUUUCUUUGUAUGCUCCUGCUCGUACACUUUGAAAUGCUUUAUUGUCUAUACAGAUGCUCUGUAUUGGACUUUGUUCAUCCUGUAUGUUUUUGUUAAGAGAAGCUGAUAUACUGUAGCUUGGUUAUAAGUAUUGUUCAGUGAGCUUUAUAGCUUUGAGCAUCAUAUGUUUUACAAUCCAGGUAUUUCAACUGACUAUACCGUACACAAGGCCCCCUUUUUUUUUGUAUGUCUAUUGCAUUUAUAUAAUACUUUAAUAUUUGGCUUUUAGUCAUUUUGGGACUUGAUUUGAACAUAGCAUGAAAUUCUACUUGUUCCAUGUACAGGUGAAAAAGGUGCCUUUUGACAGAAAGAAGCCAUUGAAUAUCAACAAUGUUGAGUGUUUUGUUCAUCAAAUUAGAUGUAGCGUAACACCUCAACCUGGAUUAUGGCCUUGUAGUCCAAGCAUUUGACAUUAUGUAGAUAGAUUAAUACCAUUUGAGCGACAAAACAAAUGUUACCACACAGCAACAUUAUCCCUCUAUUUAGCUUGUUAUUACUUUGCAAGUAGACCACCUGUUUCAGCUCUAAAAGACUCCCAUUCAUGCGUUUUAUCUCUCUCUCUCUUUCUCUCUCUCUCUCUCUCUCUCUGUCUCUCUCUGUCUGUCUCUGUCUCUCUCUGUCUGCCUCUCUCCCUGUAUAUCUUUCUCUCUGUCUCUCUCUCUCUAUCUUUCUGUGUCUCUGUCUCUCC